AUGUCUUCCAAUCGCCAGCGUAAGGUACUUAGCGCUUGCUUGCAAUGGACCACCUCCUGGGUGGAAAAGGUGAUCCGCUUAUGGCCCAGGCUGCAGGUGAGCCAUCGCGGCGGCAAAUACUCGCUGGAGCGGCUACUGGCACUCGAGGAAUACACUCGGACCACGUCUCUGUGUCGCGCAAUUUUUGUUUGUUUGGGCACUCCAUUGCCUACGAUGACUCUCGUGGUGGCACAAGAACUAGUGCCUCUGCAAGAUCCGAACAGUGGUUCACUAGCAAAUUACGGCUUUUGGAUUCGAGCUAGCAUCUUGACUGCAGCCAUCGCCCACGCUGCAGCCGUUCAGCUGCAUCAUCUCGUCGAUCAAGUCAACAUCUCGCAGGGUCAACGCGUGGCGAUCGCCUGCUGCGUUGGCUCAAGCUUCCCGAUUCUGAUGAUGCACGUCGCGUCGGGGACAGUUUUCCCUAUUCCUUUUACCGUGGUAUCGACUUUUCCAGUAUUCUACGUGCUGCUGAUCAUUUCAUUUCGCGUAGUAGCUGGUAGGAAAUUUUUCCAAGAUGCAGCGGCGGACUUGGAUCAAACGGUCCGCUUUGUCAAGUAUAUUUGCACCCAGGUUCUCCUGAUCAUCGUGUACCCGGCAUAUCAAGCGCUAUUCUCCAUUGCCGCAGAAACAAACCACGAACUACUCGUAAUAUUGCUGUUGCCGGUGAUCAAGUCGCUGAUCAAGUACCUACUUCUGCGCAUGACAACGCACAUGGAGGACUUGACGCCUGAGAGUGUCAUUUUUACAGUCGAUUUCUUCAACGCCCUGUACCUCGCAACCAGCAUGCAGCAGGCGACCUCGACGACUACAAUAGUCACUUUUGUCGCGCUCGAUAUGUUUCACGUGAUGUUUGGACUGUACGGCCACUUCAGACGCACUAGCAGCAUCCAAAGACGCCUUCGCGAGGUUGUCGGCGAGUCCGAUAGUGAUAAUUUGCUCUCAUCGAUUGUUUUACUCUGUCAAAAGCCGGAAGUUUACGCGAGACAAAUGCGGGUGGGAAUUCAGCUGCGUUCGAGUUUUCCGUACCGACUAUCAGACGCGACUCAACAGCUACUAAGCAUGCUCGAUAAUGUCAAGUCUUCACCUUCCGCUGAGCGCAAGUCUUUUAUUCUUCAGGAGACGCUUGAAACCAUGUUUACUUCCGAGUGCCACGUUCUCACGGAAUACUUGGAGUCGAUUAUCCCUGUUCUCUAUGGCUGCUUUGUGCUGAUGAUUGUUCGACUCCCGAACGCGAAAUAUCACCUGGAUAUCGAAGGGAUCACGCGUGAGAAUGCCACGGCCACCGUGCAUAGCGUAUUUGUUCUUGCAGUGCUGGAACUACUGUCGUUCAUCGUACUCGCAGUCGUUAUGCAGCGAAAUUGCGGUGUAAAAGCAUUUUACCACCUGGCGUUCGUCUUGGAGACGCAAACGAUGCUGAUCCAAGACAAAUUGAUCACGUGGGCGCUUUUGACGAUGGGAUUCCGCGUCGUACACUUCGGUAAGUGUUAUCUGGCUCUGUAA